AUGCAUUCUACCAGCAGUCUAGAUGUUUCGGUUGGUCAUGGAUUGGAACUGAACAAGACAGUGAGCAACACAUCGCAAUCAGCCCUAGAGAAGAACCGGCCAACAUUGCUGCCUUCUGCUAUGCCCGACAAUUCACGUAACGGAUCUCCAAUGAAGAAGAUGACUAUGGGAUUGCGAAGACCUUCCGAGAGUGAUGACGAUACUAAGAGGUCCUUCCUACCCUCCAUGGCCUCGAAACGGACGUCACGAGCUCUACAAAGCGCACAGGGCCCUAGCGCACCGUCAGGGUCGAACAGCCGGAUCACUGGGAAGAUCCGCAAGAACUCGAUAAGCGAGACAGGCGCUGAUAUCAAAGAGGGCUCUUGGUUGAAGUCGUCCAAGAAAGGUAAGGCUGAGAAGGAGGCGCCGAAGCCUUCAAAAAGAUGGAACUUCUUUCAACGUGCCCAUGCCGGACCACGCGCCCCAACACCAGCUGCGCCUACCGCCAGCCCUUCCAACCAAGCAACUGUUUCUCGCUCCGUCGCACACUACGCGUUGAUGGACCAGUCCGGGCUUGAAUUGGACGACAUUGAGCAGUUGAUGCAGGAGGUCGAUGAGGGGACUGAGAGCGCCCUCUCCGAUGACGAACCAGGAAGGAAAGAGCGAAUGCAGUCCAUGCUUCUCCCACCUAAACCAGUGUUGCCAUCUACCCUGACAGCACCCCGCUCGGCUUCGCCCAAGGUCUUUCUACGCUCUGAAGCGCAACAACAACCGGAACAGCAACAGAGCAAGUUGAGUAUCGACACGAAUGUUCGAUCCGUUUCCCGAAACUCUGAGCGCUACUCGCUGGGUGACCUGACCCCUGUUACGGACCUUUCUCGACCCUCGUCACCGUUUCAUGAACCUUCGCCGAUGCGCGACGAAGGCUCUGCGCCGCCGCUGGAUGUAGCAGUUCCCUCUCACAUGCCCGAGCCCGAGCAAGAGCCAGUUCACGAUGCACCCGCACAAGAAGAAUUUGUUCUUCCUCAGAAUCUUCCAUCACCUGGUCCGCCGCCUACGAGCCCACCCCCUCGACCAAGUCGCUUGGCGCAAGUUGGCCGUAUCCCUCAGGUCGUAUCUAGUCGUCGUCAGGCACCUCGCCCGUCUUCGCGUUCGUUCUCUCGUCCUUUUGUGUCGAACCAACCUCGUCCAACAGCUCCCCCACGAACAUCUUUCGAUUCCAUUGGAUCUGUUGUCGCAAUUGCUGGUCCGGUGGAGCCAUAUCCUAUUCUGCACGGUCUAACCGCUCUGACCCAUGGAUCGGCUAUCGCUACUAUUAGCCCUAUGGAAGAUGAGGCCAAUCGUCGGAGCGAGUUCUUCAAGUUCCCACCUCGUAAAGACUCCGAGGUAUCCUACUCAAGUAGCUCGGGUAUCUGGAGCUUUGCACCUGCUGCUGGUACCGCUGUCGUACCGAGUCCUAGCGCGCCGCUCUCAGACGAUGAACUCUGGAACGAGUAUGACGACCUGAUCGAUCAGGUGCUCUCGCCUGUCACCUCUCGCACGAAGGAAGACAACAACAGCCUUCGCAGUCACCCUUCUCUCGAGCCAAUGCCUUUGAGACCCAAAGCCCCGCGCAACAUUUCAGGAUCAGACAAUGAUGAAGUUGCGAACCCCUCACUUCAUCUUCGUCGCUCUCGUCUACUUGCUGUUUUGCACUCGACGCAGUCACCUACGUCGUCGAUCUCUUUCUCGGAGUUCAUCUCUGACUACGGCGAGCGCAAGAUCAGCGUCAUUGACCCUGUUACUGGCAGACUGAGCUUACCUUCCAGUCCUCAGCUAUCGGCUGGGACUGCUACAAAGCGUUCGACUCGCUCCAGUCUCCCAGCCUCGUUGUCGCAGAGUGCUCGACAGUCCAAAGCCACCAUUGCUUCAAGGUCCAGCAAAGAUCGCGACAGUGCCAGCACCACCCAUUACCGCGACACACGCAUGAUGGACAUUGCCGAAAGCCAGGCGGACGGGCUCUUGUCGAUGGCAAACCUUCGCUUUGGCGCUCUCAUGACAAGCAAGUGGCUCUCGUUCGGACGCGUCUUGUUCAGCCCCGUGCACUUUGAAUUGAAAGACCCAAGCGAGGACCGCGUACUUGUCAUCGAUGGUCUUGGCAAAGACUGGUCUUACUACUGCGCACUCACAUACCCUGAAGCGACUGUCUAUGACAUGGGCCCCGAUCCAUCACCCACUGCAUCAACCGAGGGCGCUUCUGAGCCAUUGUCAACACUCAGCAACCACCGUCACAUCUACCACCCCUCUCUCGGCAAGGCCUUCCCGUUUCCCAUGCACUUCUUCGCCUGCGUCGUGCUUCGCUUCCCCACUGCACUUCCCUCGUCGGAACACCGCUUCAUCCUGUCUGAAGCCAAGCGCGUCCUUAGACCUGGUGGGUACCUUGAGUUCUCAGUCCUUGACAUGGACCUAGUCAACAUGGGCAACCGUGCUCGUCGCGCUGUUCGUGGGCUUAAGAUGAGGAUGCAAGUCGCAGAUGAAAGCAUUUCGCUUCGCAACAUCAGUGACGAAGUCAUGGCUGGCAUCGGGCGCAAGGGUUUCGUUGAGUGCAAUCGCUGCGUUGUCGGCGUUCCGGUCGCCGGCAAACUACCUAACCUCGAUGACGUCAAGCAGAACAUCACGAAGAGGAAGGGCAGCACAGCCAGCUCUUCUAGCAAGACAAACAACAUGCCUGCACCAAAAGGUCCCAAGCCUGAAGUAUCCUUCUCCGAUCUGCUCAACGCCACCUCGUCCUCCGAUUCGAACGAUACCGGCAUCACCGACAUGGUGGCGCGCGUAGGUCGAUGGUGGUACUCACGUUGUUACGAGUCGCUCGUCCUACCUGAGGCCGGCCAGCCUGGCGCCGCUACUUCCGGCAACCUUCUGGAGACCAGCAUCUGGCGCGACCAAAGCCUCAUCAACGAGUGCGAGAAGCGCGGCACUAGCUUCAAACUCCUCAUCGGCUACGCGAAGAAGCCCGAGGUAGGCGUCCGACGAACCGUCAGCGUCUGA